AUGAAGUUCAAGAUGCAUGAUGCCAAACUAGUUGUAACUCCCUUAGCUCAACACGUCAAGCUUACUAAAGAUCAAGCACCCCAGACUGAAGAUGAAAGGAGACACAUGGAUAGCAUACCAUAUGCUGACUGUGUAGGAUGUCUGAUGUAUGUCAUGGUCUGCACAAGGCUUGACUUGGCCUAUGCUAUGAGCAUUAUCAGCAGGUUUAUUACUGAUCCUGGACCUAAGCACUGGGAUGUUGUUAAAUGGGUAAUGAUGUAUGUUAUAGGGUCUUUGAACCUUGGCCUAGUCUACAAAGAAGAUGAGAAAAGAUGCCGUGAAGUGGAGGGCUUUGUUGAAUCAGACUAUGCUGGAUGCAUAGAUACAAGAAGAUUACUUACAGGCUACAUUUUCACAGCUCUAGGUGGAUGCAUCCGCUGGAAAUCCAACCUUCAAAGUGUUGUAGCCUUGUCAUCUACAGAGGCUGAGUAUAUGGCUGCAAUUGAAGCCAUAAAAGAAGCAAUCUAG